AUUUUAUCAUGGACUAUCUCUGUUUCCCUUCAAUUCCGUCAUCUUCGUGAAAUUGAGAUUAGUGCAAGUUCACUGACAAUCUGACUGGUGACCAUUUACUUUUGUGCCAAAGCUUUAACUUGCCCCGUAAAAAAACGAAGCAUUGCUGUCUGGUGACAAUCAUGUUUAGAGGAAUGGAAUCAACUUAUAUCGGACAAGAGGAGUUUUAUGUCCCAAAGUCGCCGGAAGACUGUUUCCAGCAUUAUGCUAGGAAUGAAACAAAUGGAAAUGAUGUCGUCUUCUGCGAUCCUGCGUGGGACACGGUGCUCUGUUGGCCUUCCAUUCCAGCUGGGCAAACAGCCUGGAGGUCCUGUACACAGGUACUACAGUACGUGGACUCUCUAGACGUGAAGAGUGUCGUUCUUCCACCAGAAGCCAAAGCGUAUAGAGUGUGUAAUAAAGAUGGAGAAUGGUUAUGGGGAAACUGGACCAAUUACAACGAGUGCUUGAAUUUCACAACCACGGGGGUAGCAAAAGCACCUCUGACUGUCUCUCUCAUCCUACUUGUGUGCUCCUUAAUAUCUCUGUUUUUCCUCGCAGUCACCAUUUUCAUCUUCUUCUACUUCAAAUCGCUGCAGUGUUCUCGGCUACGAGUGCACAGGAAUCUUGUGGUAGCUCUCAUCAUCCACUCCUUGAUGCUUGUUGUCAUAUCCUUACCAGUGGUGGGCGGGCCGAAUAUACCAUCCUAUAGAGAUCUGCAUUUGCUGAACUAA